AUGGCUAAUUUCUCCUUUGCACGGUUUUCGGCUCGUCUACUGGGCUUUUCAAAUCCAUCAGCUUCGCGAGCCCUCUCAACUAUUUUGGGAAUUGAGACCAGCUGUGAUGAUACCGGUGCUGCUGUGGUUAAUAACCAAAGAAUAAUUUUGGGAGAAUCACUUGUCUCACAGACGCCCACAUCUGUCAAAAUGGGCGGUGUGGUUCCACCGGUUGCGCAAAAGCUACAUGUCGAAAACAUUGGAAAGACUGUCUCAACAGCCAUGGAAAAGUCGGGUAUUUCGUGGGACAAUUUGGAUGCCAUUGCCGUCACUGUUAAACCUGGUAUGGCGUUGUCCCUAAAAAUAGGUGUCGUGCAUGCUAAGCAACUAGCCGUGAGGCACAACCUGCCCAUUAUCCCAAUACAUCACAUGGAAGCUCAUGCCUUAACAGCAAUGCUGACAGAUGAAAGUUUGACUCUUCCAUUUUUAGCUUUAUUGGUGAGUGGGGGACAUUCGCUACUUGCCCUGGCUAGAGAUAUAGAUGAGUUUCUCGUGCUUGGUAUUUCUCUUGAUAUGUCUCCCGGUGACUGUUUGGAUAAAGUCGCCCGUCGCUUGCAUCUUGCGUCUCUUAACGAUGGAAUAUACAGUCAAAUCCCUGGCGGAAUGGCAAUCGAGCUGAUGGCUCGUAAUAGUUGCGGAUCCAGGGCCUUUCCCAUACCCACACCACGAAGUGUCGCACGCGACUGCGACUUCUCCUUCUCGGGCAUUCGGUCAGCAGCCGAUCGGCUGAUUGCUCGUCUAGAAGAGGACCAAGUGAAUGGAGUUCUACCUGUUGAUGUUAUUGCCUCCAUUUGUGCCUCCUGUCAGAAUGCCGUGACUCGGCUCUGCUGUAGACGGGUGCAGAGAGCCAUUGAGUAUUGUGCGCUCAACUCUCUUCUACCGUCUUCCAUCCGAAUUCCUCAGACUGCUUGGCCUACUCCCCCGCUUCCCACAAGCAUUGACCCCUCUGCACCUGCUCUAGUCGUAUCUGGUGGUGUGGCUAGCAAUCUCUUUAUACGGAAUGAAUUGACCAAAGUGGCUGCGCACUACGGAAUGCGAUUAGUCGCACCUCCACCGCGAUUAUGCACCGAUAACGGAGUAAUGGUUGCCUGGAAUGGUGCACUGCUGCACUCCAGAGGCAAGCGAAUUGAGUAUGAUCCAAGUGUGAUCGACUUUAGUCCCAGAGCGCCUCUUGGUAAAGACAUUCGCGCCCUUGUUGCGAAAGCAAAUAUUCAAAUAAAGCCGCUACAGGUGGCCAGAUCUCAAUCAUUGGGAGAUGUCAAUUUCUAA